UUCCUCUCAAACAGUGAAACAACCAGUGACUAUUAAAAAAAACAUGGGGAGUGAACAAAAUUGUAUAUGAAGUGUCUGAUCAAAAAGCUUUUUUUACUGUGAAGAAAUCAGACUUCUUGAAUGGCUCAGCAAAGAUUGCAGCAGCAUUGGAGAGUCUGUGGUGGAGACAUCAGCACAGGGCAGCCAGCAGGCAGGAAUUAGUGACAACCUGUGCUAGACACAAAAUUGCAGCAGAAGAUCACUGGCAUUUACAACCCUAUGACUAAUGUGCUGAGCUGUCCCUAUGGGUAUGAAUAUUUCAGAGAUCAUCCAUGUUGGAGCUGAAUAGUGGUUCAAAAGGAACUCUGAGGUCUGAAAAUCACUCUUGUCACCUACUAUUGGCUGUUGGAUGAACAGCCCUCCCCCUGCAAGCUCAAAUCCAAAGAUCAGCUGAGGACAUUAUCCUUAUGGCACCCCUCUCUUGAGAUGCUCAUUUCCACUUCCUCUGCACGUGAGUAAAUAGUUCGAAGGAAUCACAUUCCUCUCCGUUGAGCCUGCUCUGUUUGAUAAAUACCAAUUAAUAGCAACAGCUAAGAAUUACAACUUCUGUCUGGACCAGGGAAUAGCUGGAAUUAGGCAAGAGAAGGUGAUGAUGGGAACAGUUACAGUGUCAAAGGCUGUUCAGUCUUGCAGAGCUCUCUGUAGUUUGAGGUGUUACUGAGAAAGAGUGUGUGUUGCUUCACCUGUGAAGGGCAAACAAAGCUAACUGUGAGGCAGAGAUGAUAUUCUGUUUUUCCUCCUGUGGAAAAAUAGAUCUGGAAAGUUAUGAUAGCAACACCCUCAGUUCUCAGAGCUUAGUUUGCAAUAGGUCACUGUUUAUGGGCUAAGUAACAGAUUGGGGCCACAUUUGCAUAAGAAAGAUCGAUGCUGCUGUAAAUUACAUCUUGCUCUCUGCAAUACCAUAAUUACACACUUUAUGGUCUGUAAACAUCAUGUUUAAAGACAACUGAACCCAAGCACAUACUAACCUACGUGUAUCUUCACCUCACCCAUGCAAGCAAGGCCUGUGACUGGUCGAGGGCACUGUGUAGCAACAGAGUUGGAGCAAUUUUUAGACUUAGUACAACAGCAUGAAAACUAGACUGCUGUUUUUUUGCCAUAUUCCACAGUAACCCUUACUGCUUUUAACAAAUAAACCUUUGGCCCAUUCAGUUGCAUGGGCAGUAGCUAUUUUGUGUUGCAGCCAUGACUUAGUGAAUUAUAAAAACUACUUAUCUUUAGGAUGUCGGUGGCUUUUUUAUUCUCAGGCACAGUGAUGAAAAACUUGCCUGCAGAGAUGUAUUCCUCGUGCUUAAGUGAGUAACAGUGUGCACAUACACACGAGGAACACUGCCAGCUCUAACAGUGACAUGGCACUGGCUUCACAUGACUUGUCUGGGAGGGGACAGGCAGCUCCUGCUUGGAAACACCCCUGUUGCCCUUGCAUAAACCCUCAUACAGUUUCGACAGCAGUAGUGGAAAGUGAGGAGUUGAACUCUGGGCUCUGAAUAGACACAAAGGACCUCUCCUAGGCUACCAUCAGCAGGAGGUGAGCAAAGAACAGGCAGCCAGAGUUCAAGGGUGUAGUAGCUUGAAAAGAUACGGUGGAGACUUUGAGGAAGUCCUUAAAAGGUAACGUGUCUGUGUGAAGUCCAUUGUCAGCUUUUCUAGGAACGAAGGCUCCCCCUAAAAGCGUGCAGUGCUUGGUAGGACAUCAAACAGCACGUCUGCUCCUGGGUCUGCCCACACAGAGUGGCUGAUAUGCAACUGUUCAGGUGACCAGUUUAUUCCUCCUUUCUGAAACACUGCAAGAAGAGUACUCCCAAGAGGCUUCCCUCCAUCAUCAAGAUGGAAGCAGACUCUGGAUAUUCCUCCUCUGCUGAGCUGCAGAAGCAGGGAAAGAAGCUCUCACAUGCCUUGAGGAUCAGUGCCUACGUCUUCAGUACAGGCCUGCUCCUGUUCACUGCCUUAGUGAACUCUGCUUCUUGGUUUAUGCAGAAUGUAACUUUAGGCAAUUUCUGGCAAACAGCAUGGUUGGAGUUCUACGAUUAUAUGGAGGGAGAUGAGUGGACAAUCUUCCUCAUUGGGGCUGCAUUGGUGCCUGCACUUGCUUUCUGGGGCUUCAAUGGAAUCCUUCUGGUGGCUGAUAUAACAGGAAAGCCAACUUUCAUAACUCGCUAUCGCAUUCAGCUGGGCAAGAAUGAUCCUGUGGACACAAAGAAACUGUGGAAAGCCAUCUACACAGCGCUGGCUAAUCAGUUCUUUAUCUCCUUUCCCAUGCUUGUGCCCAUGUUCUACAUCAUGAAAUGGUGGGACACCGCCUUCAGCAAGGAAUUGCCAACCUUCCAGUGGUUUCUUGUGGAGCUAAGCAUUUUUACUGUAGUAGAGGAAAUUCUCUUCUAUUAUUCACACAGGCUUGUUCACCACCCAGUGCUGUAUAAGCACAUUCACAAGAAGCACCACGAGUGGACAGCCCCCAUCGGUGUGGUCUCCAUUUAUGCUCACCCAAUAGAACACAUAGUCUCCAACACUCUGCCUGUGAUGACUGGCCCGAUGAUCAUGGGAUCUCAUAUUGUUUCAAUCUCAGCAUGGUUCUCCAUUGCUCUGGUAACAACAAGCAUUUCUCACUGUGGUUACCACCUGCCCCUCCUGCCAUCUCCAGAGUUCCACGACUUCCACCACCUCAAGUUCAACCAGUGCUAUGGAGUGCUGGGAGUGCUGGAUUUUCUGCAUGGCACAGACAAAAUGUUCAGACAGUCCAAAGCCUUCGAGAGACACAAGGUCCUGCUCAGCCUCACGCCGCUCUCUGAAAGCAUCCCUGAUCCACCCAAGAAAGAUGAGUGAACCAGCCCAGCAGCUCUUGCCCUGCAGAAUGAGAGACAAUGAUUUAUGCCAAAUAGUAUUUUAAUCAGGAAAGAAGUUCUUGUCCACACCUAACAAAACAUGAAACUGAAGUUAAAUAUGCUGCUUGAAACGACUGCACUUUUGCUGCCAUUGUUUUCUAUCUGAGACACCAAAAAAAAAACCUGCUCUAGAAAUCUAUUUUUAAAAUCUAAUGGUUUGUUUCUCUGUUACUUGCACUGUCCCUUGGUACCAGCUGCCUGUGUAUGAGCCAGGUGUGUUCUGGGCCACAUGGCUCAGUGUUACCAUUAUUAAGGUGUUAGCAUCAGAGGUGAGGAUUUGGCCUCUCUUGUUGGCACUCACUCUAUAGAAACAUCAAAGUCAUUCCAUCUAUAUGUGAUACAAUUAAAAUCAGUUUUUGUGACUCAGAGCACCUGGGACACAGGAUUGCAACUCCGUGGAAAAUCUCUGGGGCACAGCUUAGAAAGACUCCCCCACACAGGCAACAAGGGCCUGACUUGCUGUGAGCAGUUUUGAUACACAGGAGGUGAGUACAGGGCUGAACCUGGGGCUGCCACAGCCUCAUCACUGCUCCACAAACAGCUGCACACCAAGGGAGUUUCCCCUCAUGGGACAGGGAAGCAGAGCUGGGAGCUGAUCCUGCAGAGCCUCCCCUCUGAGACACAGCCAAAAUUCUGAUCAAUUACAGAGAUUUUCCAAGGAAAGCAGAGUCCCUGCUGCCCUGAGCUGUGUGGAGAUUAAGGAACCCCUCCAAGAAAAGACCCAAGAAAGCGGCCCCCAGAACAAUGUGCACACUCCUUAGCACCCAUAGACCAUUCAAGACACACUGAAUUCUCUCAGGGAUCUUCCUAAGUCUCAGUCCUGCCUGGGGGCUGGAAAAAAAACCACCCCAUUUCUCCCCAAUACUAGAGCAGCCCCUCGAGGAACAGGGCUGGCCUGUGCUGCACUGACCAUUGGUCACCCCAGCUCUACCUGUGGAACCAAAGUCACUGCCCCUGCUAAUCUCAAGUCCCCAGAACUGCACCAGGAUGAAUCCAGCCCAGUCACCCAUCUGCAGUUCCCUGCAGAGGGCAAGUCAGCAGAACAGAAAACCCAGGCACCACUGUCUUUUGAACUUUUUAUUUUUAUACAUUUUUUUUGUAUUAAAAAGGAAAAAGCAUAAUUACCACAAAUUACAAAGGACUAAAGCAUUACUAGAAUAAUGAAUCACAUCAGCCUAGAAAGCAGAUACUCUGAAUAAUAUUAAUGUUAUAAUACAAGCUCUCAUUCAAGUAUUUUACAUUUUUCUCUUUUCCUUUUAUAUGUGAUGAUCCUAGCACAUGGGUCAAAGAUUAUGUACUAUCAACAGAGAUGGAUCAUGUACAGCGGGCCGUAUUAACAGGAUUUUCCUCCCAAGUGAUACAUGGUCUGUGAUGAGUCGUUUUAAGUUUGUCUCUAUUAUAAAUGCAGCUGAAGAAGGUUGCACACACUCUCUAGUUUUGGGAAAUAGAAGGCUGAGGUUGGACACACAGGGUUUGAGAAGGGCCAGCACAUGGAACCAUGACCCCUUUAGCUCCAGACGAGCAGCAGAAGGCUGCACUCGCUGGGGUGCAGCUCAGUGGGUGUCUCUGAGCCACACAUCCAAAGGUUUCCAACCCCAGUGGGACCAGGACAGGCUGGGGGGGGGUGAAGACGGGGAGCAGGGCUGCACCAGGGAGGCUUGAGGGACCAAGUGGUGCCAAGCACCCCCUCCCAUGAGGGGCACCACUGGCACAAGCCACCCCAGUGCAGGGCUGACACCUGGGGAGAGAGCAGGAGGACAGUGUGGGGAGGGACCCCAGCACGCUCCACAGGGGCCAGCUGGCACCCAGGGCACUCCCUGCUCCUCUGGAGCUUCCCACCAAGGGGAUGUGCUCGUCACAGAUACAUCGGUCCUAUGUUCAAGUGUCUGCAGAAAGUGAAACUGUAAACUACUCCUGGAAAUGCUGCCCUCCAGCCACCCGCUCCACGCCACCGAGAUGAACAUUUGCUUAGAAAAAAAACUGAAAGAAAUUCAUUUAUCUGUUACCUGUAUUGGAAACUUUCAAAAAGUCAGUGAGCCAUUUAACAUUGAGUGUAGCAACCCUCUCGAGAAGAGCCCAGCAUCCAUUUCAAACAGUGACAAGUGACAGAACCAGUCUCAGAGGAGACAGGAGACAAUAAGCAUUGCAAACACAGCUUGCUACAUUUACAGUUUUCCUUUUUUUUUUUUUUUUUUCCUUUUGAUAAAGUAACUGGAAAGGCAUUAACAGCUAGAAGGCCCCCUCUGCACUGCCAUGUGGAGCGUGGCAGGACACUGAGGUUAAACACAUCAGUUUGUUACAGUACAACGACCAGUCCCGAGCAGGUGCCGAAACUCAAGGGACCCCAAGGGCUACAGUGAGAAGGCGCCAUCAGGGGUGCCAGGGGGCAGCAGAAGAGAUGGACAGGCAAAAACAGCAGCAGCAUCAUUACUUUUUAAAUCUUUUUUUUUUCCCAAAUGAGCAUGGCAAAGCAACAAAGCCUCCUCAAAAAUACACCUUCCACCUCCCCUCUGACCCCACACCACAGCUCUGUACCUGUUGCAGCCACCUGCAUUCUAAAAGGCAAGUUCACCUUGGCAAGGAGCCCUAAGCUCCAGCAGCCUGGAGGACCUCCUGAGAGGAGGGGCAGGAUGAGGAAUGCUCCCCUGACUCAGCCUCCCUCAGCCUUUCCAGAAGCAGCUGGGGCUCCCCCCAGGCUCUGCCAGUGGCUGGACACCAGCACCAUGCAGCCCUCGCGGGCUGCGGGACAAUCAGCGCUCACCGGAGCAAGGCUGCAACCACUCAACCCUCUGAAAUUCCAAAAUGCACAACACUUGGUGGAGGUGAAGCAUCCAAACUACAAGCAAGGCCUAACUCCCUCCUCUGCAGAGCUUCCUCAAAUGCAGACCUCCCCUGGACAGCUGUCCCUUCACUCAGUGGGGACAAGAACCUCGCUGCUGACCCAGCCGGGCAUGGACCAUGUACCAGGGAGCUCCUGCCCUCUGCCAGCACUGCCCCAGCACGGAGCAGGAGGGAAUGGUUCUGUGUUCCCUUCCCUGCAGGAAGGCAGGUGAGAGCGAGCAGCAGCUGCCUCAGGCUGUCCCAUCCAUCUUUGCUCUGUCCUGCCCACUGCUGUCCCACAGACAGCAAAACAAGGCACACGGUCCACAGAGCUGAGGGCACUGGGACCACUGGGGUUGCUCUUCUGACCCACCUUCCCCUGGGUGCACACACUGAUGUGACAAACCACUGACUUGGCAGAGGGGGGAGGGAAAACACUUCCAUGCCAAGGCUAGAACCUCAGGAUCAAAAUUAAAAAUUAUUCAAAAAUCAAUAUUUUGGGAAAUUCUCUGGAAAAUGUCCUACCUCUUCUACAACCCAAGCAAUUCCAUAGUCUGCUCUACAAGCAACAACUCCAUAGCAGCAGCUUAUCCCUCCCCAUUUCCUAUGAAUUUGUUGCUAAAAUGCAGACAAUUGACUUCAAGAGAGAACAUGCCAAUGAAAGGAGCACAGACACAGCAGCAAGGAGCACCUGUGGCACAUCCAGACCUGCCUCCACUUGCAAUCAACCAGCAACACAUCUACAAUGCCCUUGAUCGACUCUCCAGCCUCCUCCUUCCCAAAUCAGGGACAAACCCUCCUAUAUAGGUAACCUUAGAGAUCUGACUCCAGCUCACAAGAGGGG